AGAGAGAAAGAGAGCGUGGGGGGAAAAAGAGAGAGAGAGAGGGAGACAGAGAGAGAAAGAAAGAGAGAGGAAGUCAUGGUAAGUUAAAAGACUAACACACAAACGCACAAACGUACACAAUGAUCUGGAAAAACAGUCUAACAAAGACAGCAUAGAAAGAGACACCCACAUACGAACAGAGAAGUGGAAACAAUCAGUGGCACACUUGUACACACACACACACACACACACACACACGCACACGCACUAGCGCAUGUAUCAUAACCUCUCUGUUCUUUUUUCUUCUUCUUUUUUUUUUCACUUUUGGGGGAAACAAGUUGGGUCGCUGAGCGCAGCAGUCUUGAAGACGUGAAUGUUAUUAGUCGCCUGUUUAGAAUGACUCUUGAUAUAUAAGUAAAGCCCCCCUCCCUCUCCCUCCCCCUACCACUCUUUCAUCAUACCUCACUACUCGGCAUCUAACUGCAACAGAGCGAUAGAAACAAAAACAACACCAACAACAACAACGAAAACAAUAACACUACUACUACUACUACUACUACUACUACUACUACUACUACGUCUACUACUACUACUACUACUACUACUACUACUACUAUAGCAGGCAAUGACUAUACACGAAGGAUUUGUUCGGUUCUGUAGACUUUUUCUCAUCUUCCUUAAUCACAUUCUUUAAACAAUAGGAGGGAGAAAACGGAACGAAUAUUUUUGGAGACUAAAUUAAUACUGGAUUAUUUUUCAUUAACCAAUCUUUAUUGAACUGACAGUCAUAAUGUGAUGUUAAGCAUUCGUACGUCUCUUGAGACGGCUCCAAGAAAGUUGGAUUGUUACCAAGUUUUACCGGAAGAAAAUUUUUCAUUUUUGGAUUAUUUUACAAACAUGAGAUUUCGAAACGUUUGGAUGUCUAUUCCAAUACCCGGUUUAGAUGAAAGAAAAUAUCCCAGAACCCUAUGAAAAUCCAAAGGCCAUCUUCAAAAGUUGGAAAAGCAGUUCAUUUCUCUAAAGUCAAUGAAUACGAUAAAAAUGGCAAUUAACAGUAGUAUUAACGGCUCUGCCAAUAUCCUAGAAAUGCUAAAUGCUGAAAAAGCAGACACGUAUUUACCUGUAAUUUUUUAUGUUGGUAUUUCUAUGCUAUUUGGAGCAAUCGGAAACAGCGCUGUAUCUUACAUAUAUUACUGCAAAUUGGAGAAAACGGCGACAAAUUUGUUUGUAGCCGUUCUUAGCGCUUGUGAUUUACUCAGUUGUUUAAUUUCUAUGCCAGUUGAAAUCGUCGGUCUACGAUUCCCUUUGACCUUUCACAGUGACAUAGCAUGUCGCCUGAUACGUUUUAUUGUGGCUGUGGGAACAAUCACAUCAGCUUUAAUUAUAUUUGUUAUAUCCGUUGAUAGAUAUUUACGCGUUUGUCGUCCACUUGGUAGACAUUUUUCGCGUCGUUCAGCUAAAGUUGCGUCAGCAGUGUUGGUGUUUUCGUCAAUAUUGUUAGCGACACCAGCAUUUUUGGUUUUUGGAAAACAAAGAGUCCCAACACGUAUCAGUGGAAUUAUUGGUGAAGAAUGCUCAAUUGCUGAAGGCUUAAAAGACACUAUAUAUCCGUUAGCCUACUACUGUUCUCUACUGGUAACCUGUUUUGCUGUAUUUAUGGUUUUGAUGACUUUAUACUUUCUCAUCGGAAUUUAUGUGUGGAGGCAUAAGAAGAAGAAGAAUCAAGGAAGAAUGCAAAAAGUAGUUUUCACGCAUCCAUCCAAUGACCGUAUGUCUGCUGCUAUUUCUUCCAGCAGUGACAAUGUGGAGGAUGACCUGAAGCUGCACAAGCAGUCCCGCCAGAAGAUAUCUCGUCCCAUGAGCAGUCCAGUCGACCAUCGACAGUCAAAUUCAGUGAGGGUAUCAAGGACCACUGUUAUUAUGUUUCUCAUUACAUUACUAUGGAUUGUUAGCUAUUUACCUCAUCUGGUCAUGGUCACAUGUAAAAUUGUCGUCGAAGACUUCCGAACUUCACUUGGCACCACAGGAGACGUUCUUUACAAUCUAUCAUUUCGUUCUUACUUCUUCAACAAUGCAAUCAAUCCAUUUAUUUAUGGUAUUUUCAAUCUCCGCUUUCGGAAAGAACUUUUUAUUUUACUUGAUAACAUUUUUGGUGCGUGUUGCUGCAAAAACAAUCCAUGAAAAUAAAAAUUUGACAUUUUC